AUGAGCGAAAACAAGGGUGUUUGGGCCCCCGAGAGUCCCUUUUGUAUUUUCUCCUGCGUCCACGUUCCAGAUGGCAGGAACAACAACAACAACAGCAGCAGCAGUCCCGACUGUAUAACUGAAGAGAAGGUCAACGACACAUUUUUAAACAUAAAAGGGCCAUAUCGCGACACGCAGGUACAACAGGACACUUUUUCCAUCUCUUGCAAAGUUGGCAACGGCAUCGAUAGGCUGCGUUCGACAAUACGCAAGUCCCGAAUUGCACCUCGGAGGCUCGUCUGCGAGUACCUGGGGCACGUUGGACCGCUCCAGCUCGCGAGGGCGGUGCUCGACGGAACGGCCGAGUUACCCUGCGACGUGAGCACACCCUCGGCCAACGACUCCUUCAUCCUCGUCGUCUGGUACAGGCAGGACAUCAUUCCCAUCUACAGCUACGACAUAAGGGGAAAGAAUCUGUUGAAGCCGUCGGAGUGGAUGGUCGAGUACUUGAAUCACCGGACGUCCUUUCAGACGAACAGGCAUCCUGCGACGCUGAAUAUCGAGCACGUGACGGACACCGACGCGGGCGAGUACAGGUGUCGCGUCGACUUCAAGAAAAAUCCCACGAGGAACUCGCGAGUCAACCUGACCAUCAUCAUACCGCCGAGCAAGCCCAGGAUCAUUAACCAGUACGGCGACCCCGUCGAGUCGAUGGCAGGACCAUUCACGGAAGGCGGAGACAUGCAGCUCAAGUGUCUCGUGUCUGGAGGUAAUCCAGUGCCUACGGUGCGAUGGUGGCGGGACGGUAUGCUGUUGGAGGCGAAGGACGAAGCGAGUGGCUACCCGAACGUGAGGCAAAACCUGCUGGUCGUGAAGAACCUCAGCAGGGCGGACUUGCACGCGAGGUUCGAGUGCCAGGCGUCCAACAACAACAUAAGCAUGCCCAUCUCCACCCACGUGGCCAUCGAGAUACACCUUCGUCCGCUGAAGGUGACCAUAAACACAGACAAGGACACGCCAUUGAGCGCUGGUCGCAAGUACGAGCUGAACUGCGUGUCCGUGGGCUCGAGGCCGUCCGCAACGGUAACCUGGUUCAUGGACAACCAGCGCCUCACCAAUUACACCUCGCAGUCGUCGAAGGACGGAAAUGUGACGUCGUCGAUAUUGACGUUCACCCCGCAGGUGGAGGACAACGGCAAGUUGAUAACCUGCAGAGCGGAAAAUUCACACAUUCCUGGCGCGGUGGAGGAGGGCUCGUUGAAAUUAAACGUCUACUACGUCCCUACGUUGAACCUGAAACUCGGCGCCAGCAUGAAUCCCAACGACAUCGAGGAGGACGACGACGUGUACUUUGAGUGCCAGGUCAACGCCAAUCCCCCGGCGUACAAAGUCAUCUGGAAGCACAACGGCAACGUGUUGCAAAACAACGCCAAGCAGGGCAUGAUAGUGCAGAUGACGAGCCUGGCCCUGCGCAAGGUCAAGCGCUCGCAGGCCGGCAACUACUCCUGCACGGCCAGCAACGUCGAGGGCGACGGCUUCAGCAACAACGUCGAGCUCAAGAUCAUGUACAAGCCAAUUUGCCUGCCGGAGCAGAAGCGGAUCUACGGGGUGGCCCGGCACGAGGAGGCCCGCAUCUUCUGCAAGGUGGAGGCGUACCCGGCCCCGGACAAGUUCCGCUGGGCCUUCAACAGCACCGAGGAGAUGGCCAACGGUCCGGAUGCCCGCCACGAGGACUCGACCGACCUGGCCCAGAGCGUCCUCACGUACAAGCCCGCGAGCGAGCUCGACUACGGCACCGUCUCCUGCUGGGCCAGCAACGCCGCCGGACAACAAAAGACCCCCUGCGUCUUCCACAUCAUCGCCGCUGGUAAGCCGGAGCCACCGUACAAUUGCACGCUGACGAACCAAACGACGCAAUCUCUGUCGGUGGAAUGUACGGCGGGUUUCGACGGCGGUCAGACCCAGCACUUCCAGCUCGAGGUCUACGACCAGCACAGCGGCCAGCUCAGGGCGAACGUGAGCGCCCGCGACUCCGCGACCUUUGGCGUGUACAACCUCGAGCCCGGCCGUGUCCUACGCAUGGCCGUCUACGCGGUCAACUCCAAGGGACGCAGCGACCCCGCCCUCCUCGAGGGCUUCACCCUCAAGGUCGCCGAAAAGCAGACUGGAGUAGUGCGCGUACUGUUCACAGGGACCCCCGUGCCUUUCGAAAUGACGCCGAUACUCGGGAUCCUCGUCGGCGUGAUAAGCGUCCUGCUGCUGUGCACCGUCAUGGUACUGCUGGCGCUGAAGGUAAGGAGCGACCGUAGGGCCCAGAGGCCGGGAGACCUGCCCCUCAAAAAGGCCACGGCCCCGAGCUCCGAGGAUCUGUACGACGCCGACGAUCGCAACCCCGACGUCGUGCCCACGAACAAAGACUCGGACUACCAGCUGACAGGGUCGACGGCCGGCACGCCGCUGGCAGUGCAAACGACGCCGGACUCGACGACCUCGCUUACGGGGAGCCAGCAACCGAAUCACCUGCCGACCUACUCAUCGCACAACGACUACAACAAUUAUCCCACGCUGCCGCUGAGCGGCGAAGUGACGUACGCGGAGCUGUGCCUGCCGCGGCCCUCAGCCCUGACGACGGCAGCCGGUGCGGACGCGAAGCUCGCGAGCCUCGGUGGCCUGAGCAGCCUCGCUGGUUUCGGCAACAACGGCACCGGUGUGAUCAUCGGGGGCAAGCACCAGUCCCCGAGCUACCCCAAAGAGGCCACGGUCUACGCGUGCAUCGACCACAACGCCCGGCCACCCGUCAAGCAGAUCGACCAGCUGUCACCGCCCGGCCUCACCAUAGCCACGCCGGGCACGCCGCCAAUCAACUCGACGAGCCUCCUCCAACACCAGGACACCCUGCCGCUCAAGGCCCACCAGCACCCCCCGCCCCCCUACCCCCGGGAAGUCGUGACGGUGCGCACGCCCCUUAUAUCCAGCCAGGAGAGCUGCGUAUAGGGACGCGACCCCGGCGCGCUCAACGUCAACGAGUACUACGUCUGAUUGCCUGCGAACGCGUCGAACCUCGAAAUUACCCUCUCCCCGCACGACCAACCCAUCCCCUUGCGCGUCACUUAUAUACUAUAUAUAUACUCGCUGACCCCUUUUUCCUCCCUUUGACACCUCUUGCGCCUCGGAAUUGGGUAAACCUGUGCGCGUCUAUUUGUGUCCGACAGAGAGCUUUUCCUUCACUCCGGGAUCUACACUGUCUAUAUAUCAUACACUUUUAUAAGAUAGGUUUGGCGUUUGCGUUACGGUCACUGGGACAAAGUACAUCGCGUUCAUCUAUCCCUUCGUUUCACGAUAUACCUCAACUUUGCUUUUUUUCUCGGUAUACAAAUCAAUUGUACGUCGUGUUGUUCAAGACUGCCACACUUUUUCACACAAAUAUUUCUCUAUACAUAUACAUACAUUACCUGUACGAUAAUAAUAAUAAUAAUAAUAAUAAUAAUAUGUACAAACGUAUUACAUGUGCACAAGACAUCAUGCGUGUACGUUCAAUUUGUAUCGAGGAUUCGGGGAAAGCCAUUGGUGGGAUGGUGAAAAUAUAUUAUAUAUUAUGUACAUACCACAUGAGUGACGAGAGAACGGUGAUACGAGAAUGAGUGAUUUUUUGUUGCCCCGUACCCCACCUUUAUACCAAAGUCACCGAUACCGCUCGCCUUUUUAAUUCUUUUUUUUUUUUUUUUCGUAAUUUUAUGUGCAACGGAGUGGGGACCAUU